CUUUCUCCGAGAGAAUGACAGGAAUAUUUCUGAAGAUAAUAGGGCUUUAUGUUCUGUGUAUAGCUCUACAUGUUAUACCAGUGCAAACACGGGAUACCUUGUGGCAAAAGACAACUUUCAAUUCCAAUAAUGUGCAUGACGGUUUUAAAGCUUUAGAUGAGAAGCAAUUUAACGAAGGAUCCUUGUCUGUUGCAAAUGAUCCGACUGGUGGCUCCCGUGACGUUGUCAAGGUAUUUAUAAAGAAAGGCAGCUAUGUAAAAAUCAAGGACAAAAGAGGAGCUCAGUUCUAUACUGAUGUUGGCUCAAAAGACACCAUGACUCUCUCUUACCAAGUAUAUUUCCAGACAGGGAUGGACUUCGUAAGAGGUGGAAAGCUACCUGGGCUGUAUGGAGGUGAUCCUGGGUGUUCUGGAGGAAGACAGUCUGUUAACUGUCUGUCCACUAGAUUUAUGUGGAGAAGUAAUGGCGACGGUGAAGUUUAUGCUUAUAUACCGCGGAACCAAGAUGCCAACUUUUGUAACAGUAACGAUGUGUAUUGCAAUCCUGAUUAUGGUACUUCCAUUGGUAGAGGAUCUUGGAGGUUUAGAACUGGACGAUGGGAGAGAAUUGUACAACGAAUAAAACUAAAUAGACCGGGAAAGAAGAACGGACGCAUUCUCGUGUGGUUCAAUGGCAAAAAAGUUGUUGACAAACGAAACGUCAUCUUGAGAGAGAAUAGUAGUGUUAAGCUAAGAGGUCUCUUCUUUUCAGUUUUUUUCGGCGGAAGUUCUUCAUCAUGGGCAACAACUGCAGAUUCCAGUAUCUAUUUCCGCAAUUUUAGAAUUACAACAUGAUAUCAUUUAGUUUGCAAAGUCAUUGAAUUUGUCAAAUAUUGUAAAAUGUAUUGACAGUGAAAAUAAAUAGUUUCUUAUUGCAA